GGUGUCAGUACUGGGGAGCCGGCGGCGGGCGGCGGGCGGCGGGGACUUGUUGUUCUUCGCCGAGUCGGAGCGUGGAGUCCGGAGCGCGCAGGCGGAGGCGGCGACUACGGGGAGAGCGAGAGCAGAGGCGCGCGUGGAGAGUGCGUGUCCACGAGGAGCCGCCGCGCCCGGCCCCGCGCGCGACCCGGCUACAGUUUCCUGGUGGUUCCGUCCUGGUGACAGGGCCCGGGUUAUGACGACUAAUCCCAAGCCGAAUAAGGCAUUGAAGGUUAAGAAGGAGGCGGGCGAGAACGCCCCUGUGCUCAGUGACGAUGAGCUGGUGUCCAUGUCGGUGCGGGAGCUGAACCAGCACCUGCGGGGCCUCACCAAGGAGGAGGUGACUCGGCUGAAGCAGCGGCGGCGCACACUCAAGAACCGAGGCUACGCGGCGAGCUGCCGCAUCAAGCGUGUGACGCAGAAGGAGGAGCUGGAGCGGCAGCGCGUCGAGUUGCAGCAGGAAGUGGAGAAGCUGGCCCGGGAGAACAGCAGCAUGCGGCUGGAGCUGGAUGCCCUGCGCUCCAAGUACGAGGCCCUGCAGACCUUCGCACGCACCGUGGCCCGGGGGCCUGUCACGCCCACCAAGGUGGCCACCACCAGCGUCAUCACCAUCGUCAAAUCCGCCGAGCUCUCCUCCACCUCUGUGCCCUUCUCAGCCGCCUCCUAGUGCCCGCCGGGGCCGGGCCGGGCGCGGGCAGUGGCACAGCCCUCGCGCCUACCCCGGGCUCCCUGGCACAGAUUCCCCGUGUCCACUUGCCCACUGUGGACCCUGUGGGGCUGAGGGCAAGGACAGCGGGGACAGGCAGAUGCAGGAGAAAAGGGAGGCUCUCGCGAGCCAGUGCCGCAAACCAACCCCCACUCGCAUCUCUCCUCCCCGGGGUGUGUUUGUCGUUGCUGACAGGCGCUGCAUGGGCCACCACGAUGAUCAAUCAGGCCCCUGUGGCAGGGAGUGAGGACUCGUCUUCCACUUCUCCGGUGCCUGUCCGUCAGCACCAUCAGUGCCAUCCCCUGAGGGCCUCCAGCUGGGGUGGACACCAUACUGUCGCUUUCUGGGCGCUGGCCUUCUCGUCCUUAUCAAAGGGCGCUACAACCUGCUUUAGCCCUUAGAGCCAGGUCCGUGUCCUGGGAAACAGUCCCCAAUACAGUCACCUGCAGGGGCUAGUACAUGUGCUCCUGUGUGUACACAGGCUGCCACCGCAGCCUGUGACGGCAGGAAGCCGCGGGGCCAGGUGGCCACACAGAGCCUGUCCAGUAUGUGUGCUGAGGGUUGCAUGGAUGUCCUGGAAUGUCCCUGAGGGUCUGGUAGCUAAGGAGGCUGCCCGUCAUGGAGCAGGCCACCUGUCCACAGAGCCAGCCGACAGCGGGGCUUGGGUUCUCUGGGGCUUAGCAGAGGAGAGGCUGGAGGGAGCCCGUGAAGCCUGAGAGAGGUUGAGGGAUAUGGGAAUGGCAGUUAAGAUGUGUCUUGUUGCUAGGAAGAACUAGGAAGGAGGUGAAGUCCUGGUGGCCGGGGAUGUGGAAGAGGCCUAAGAGACAUAGUAUGGAGGGACAAAGGGUGCAUCUGGAGGGCCUGUGGACACACCCCCUGUGGGUGUCAGCAGGGGCCCAGGGCAGACUGUAGGUGCAGAUACUCUGCAGCUUUGGUGCCCAGUUGUUACCCGCCUAUUCCUCCUUCAUAGAGUUCCGGGUCAUUGGCCAUCUUGUGCUUUCUUACUGAAGGGAUUAAGGCCUCCAGGCCCUGAGGAGUGUGGUGGACAGGGAGUGGGGGGCGGGCUGAGCCAAAGCCAGGCACUUAGAAAGCACUGUUGGAACCAUAGCCUUGGUAGGUAAUCCAUAUUGGAUAUCAAUAAGGACCAUGGGAUAUUUAAAGAGAGAGAAGAUAUAUAUAUAUAUAUAAUUAUAUACACAUUUUAUCGUACAGAUUUUUCAUAACAAUUUUCUUUCCCAGUUUGAUACUGUAGAUCUUUAUUAAUGCAGAGUAGGUUGGACAGUGGGGUGGGGAACUGGCCAUGGAUGGAGGCCCAGGGUGCCAACAGCUUUCCUCAGUCUUUCUGUGGUGGCGCUGGACAUCCUGGGUCACUGGUGAAACUUGUUCCAGCAGGUAUCACACUGGAUGAGUGGUCUCCAGGGUGGGCUACAGUGCUAGGCAGGUGGCCACUGGCUGUGGGUUGCUGCCCACUCCUGGCCCGUGGUGCCCUCCUGAGCCUUGGAGGCUCCAUACUGUCGGCCUUCAGGGUGGACGGGACUUUCAUUGCUACCUGGAGCACCCGCGCACCGUACUUGCCUGGAGGGGACUGGGAAGGGUGUGAGCAUGCCCCGUGGCUCUAUGUCCCUGAAACGUCAUCGUCACGAUUUAAUAUAUGGAUGUUUUUAUUUAAGAUAAAAGUGAGUUUUCUGUCUUGUUCCUCCAGCUUCUCAAAGCAAGCUUUACUUUUUCAAAGGGUGACAGGGACACAUGCUGACCACGCAGAGGCCUAGUGUCCCCAGCCACCUGCUACUUGGCAGUUUCAUUUCAAUAUUUAUUUUUUUUGUGCUUCCUCCCCCAUGUUAUAAAUUAUUGAGAAGAGAUCACAGACUGUUGACCCCCUGUCUGUGCCCCGCCUCAUGGCCACCACCUAAUUUAUUGCUGUACAUGUCGCUGUGACUGCUUUUGUAUCUUUGCAAUAAAGAAUUUCCUGUUUGA